ACAGAGGAGGAAGCGGAGUUUCCGGCUGCUUGGCGGUACAGAACCGAUUGCCGAACCCCCGAGAAAAACGACGCCGGCUCGGGGCGACCGGUUUAUCGCAACGGUAGUUUUUUCCCAGCAACAUUGGGGGGUCCGGGGUCGUGUGUGUGUUGUUUUUUUUUUUAAAAAAAGAAAACAAGGGACUUGACCCACAAACGGUCCAAAGAAGCGGCUCAAGGCGGGAGUGAGCCACGAUCCGCCGGCAUGGCCAGGGACUACGAUUACCUAUUCAAACUGCUCAUCAUCGGUGACAGCGGAGUGGGGAAGAGCAGUCUCCUGCUUCGUUUCGCAGACAACACAUUUUCAGGUAGCUAUAUCACCACAAUUGGAGUGGACUUCAAGAUCCGGACGGUGGAGAUCAAUGGGGAGAAGGUGAAGUUACAGAUCUGGGAUACAGCAGGACAGGAGCGCUUUCGCACCAUCACAUCCACGUAUUACAGAGGAACGCAUGGGGUCAUCGUGGUAUAUGACGUCACGAGCGCAGAGUCCUUUGUCAACGUCAAACGAUGGUUACAUGAAAUCAACCAGAACUGUGAUGAUGUGUGUCGAAUAUUAGUGGGAAACAAAAACGAUGACCCCAACUCCAAGGUGGUGGAGACCACCGACGCGCAGAAGUUUGCGGAACAAAUGGGCAUCAACCUGUUUGAGACGAGCGCAAAAGAGAACAUCAAUGUUGAAGAGAUGUUCAACUGCAUCACCGAGCUGGUGCUCCGAGCCAAGAAGGAGGUGCUGGCCAAGCAGCAACAGCAGCAACAGAACGACGUGGUCAAACUGACUCGGAACAGUAAACGGAAGAAAAAGUGCUGCUAGCGAAUGCCGCACAAAGGUCGCUGGCGGCAGGGGCGUUCUUCACGGUCGCGUACACACCGGAUGGGACUGAGAAAGUCUAAAUUAAAGAGCAGAUAAAGAGUUAAGAAAUAUACGAUAAAGAUUCAAGACAAAUACACGUCCCCUUUGGACAAAGUAAUCAUGAAGAAAUAUAUGUACAGAUUUUAUUAUUCAAGGUGUGAUCAAAAAGUCUUAUUUGGAAUUCAGCAGCAGGUCCUCCUUUUCUUAAAGGAUCUGCAAAUUGACAACUGACUGCCAUCACGCUCCAGUAUAGAUGCGCUUCAUCACGUCGUCGUCAUAUAUCGGUCUCGUCCUUCCUUUUCACUUUCAUCUUCCUCUUCCUCACUGCACAGGACAUUCAGCGCUCGAGGAGAGGGGCCUUUCUUUCUUGACUUUUUUUUCUAGUUCUAUUCUUUUGGGCUGCUGGGGAUAUUGGGAGAUGACGAGCGGGGAGGGUAACCUACUUUACCACGGCUCACGCCAACACAUCCUGAUGAAAUACAAAAAUGUUUGCUUGAGGCAAAAUAAAAUUCUGAUCGGUAGUCUAACCCAUUGGACAGCACUGCUAACUUUUCAUCUUUUUUUGUUUUUGCCAAGCUUCCUUCUAACAUUCAGCAAUGCUGAGCCAACAACCUGCCUGAUUUGACAUUUUCUUCUAAACUUUACGUUUGAUUUUGAAGUGUGGCAGAGCUGUAGAACUACUGCAGUCUUAAUACACUUUCACCUGUCCCUUUAAUUUUUUUUAACGGUGAUACAGUUCAGUGGCAGUGCGCCUGAUUGUUGCCAUAGUAACACCUGGGGGUCCUAUGGCAAGCCGUUGGGACAUUUAUUCAAUAUCUUACUACUGUGCUGAAUUAUCCAUGUACUAGUACGCUGUCAUCACAAGUAGGACAAUUCAGCACAUUAGUAGAAUGACAAGGACGCACUCGCAGAAGGACUAGCGCGUUACGAUAGGUAUACAAGUUCAUGGACAAUUGAGUGCACUAGUAGGACAUGGAAUAAGUUGUCAAACAGCGUUCGUUCGGGUCCUCGGGCUGCAGACACUUCCGGCCCCCUUUUUCUUCAGGUGACUGCUCAUCAGCGCCUCCAGUUGGUCCUUCGUGAGGCACUUUUGUUUUUUGGAGAGCUGGACAGAGGCGCAACCAUCACUUGAUGUGAGCAUGCUUAGGUUCCACAUCCAUCUGCCUUUUUGACCCCUGCAGCCUGAUGAAAUAGUGUCAAACUCCCACACGCUAUGGUUACCACUUGAUUAAGUGUAUGUAUAUAGAAAUAUCUCUGUUAAUAUUCAACACGUCACGGGCAACGCGUGAGAACAUGCCCCGCCCGUGUGUGUUCUUAUUGAACACACUCUUCAGCUGUGGUUUGCUGUACACUGGAGAAAAAGAGAUGUGCUAUUCAGUUUUUUCCCUUGAUGAAUUUAAUUCGUAAUAACCGUUUGGAAAGGAAUACAUAUUGGACACAUAACGACUGAGCUCAUUUGUCAGUGACUUGUGGCCUGACUUUAUUUUCAACCUGUGUCUAUUUUUGGAUUUUGUGAAUAAAGUGUGGGAGGAAGUGUA